UGGGCGUGGCUGCUGAGGCGUAUUCUGCCCUGUUGACGGUGGGUGACGUCAAACCUUCUCUUGCGGUGACAGUGAGAGCGGCCCCGGGCGGACAUGAGACCGGCGGAGUGAUGGCUUUGUGUCAGUGCACGGUGAGAAACAGCGACUCGGACAUGGAAGGCUGCACCUUCACCGGAGCUGGCCUCAGGGUGUUUCUCUAUUGGAGCAACGGAAAGGAACACUACGUCAGCUUUACUCAGAGCGUCACCACCGCCGAGGAGAUCUGUAUUCACGUGGCACAGAGGCUGGGAAUUACACCGCUCUGCUAUACCUUGUUUGCUCUGUAUGAUGUGCAGGAGAAAUACUGGUAUCCUCCAAAUCAUGAAUUCAAGAUCACUAGAGAUAUGAAACUACUUCUCCACUUUCGGAUGAGGUAUUAUUUUCGGAACUGGCAUGGGAUGAAUGAGAAGGAACCAGUAGUUUGUCGCAACGUCCCCAAGAUCAGUGACAGUAGUGAAGACAAGAGUCGGACUGAGCAGUCUAGUGCCAUCCUGGACCUGGCAUCAUUUGAGUACCUGUUUGAGCAGGGCAAGUUUGACUUUGUGAAUGAUGUGGUAUCACUGAAGGACUUCCACACUGAGCAGGACGUCCACAAGUUUAAGAACGAGAGCUUGGGCAUGGCCGUCCUUCACCUUUCACACAUUGCCAUCAAGAAGAAAGUCUCGCUGGAAGAGGUGGCCAAGCAGAUUAGCUUUAAGGAAUGCAUCCCGAAGUCCUUCUGCCGGCAGAUCCAGCAGAACAACUACCUUACUAAGUUCCGCAUGAGGAGUGUCUUUAAGAAAUUUGUCCGUCACUUCCACCUGCACACGGUGAGCGCCGGGAAGCUGAGCGAGGAGGACGUCAUGUACAAGUACCUGUCCACCCUGGAAAACCUGGCACCCAGAUUUGGCUGCGAGAUGUUUAGGACUCUGAGCCUGGAGCUUCCCACGGAAGGGGAGAAGCUCCCGUUAUAUAUCAAUGGGGGCUACGUGGACCACAGCGAGUCUGUGAACAGGGCGACGACCACACACCAGGUCCUGGUUAGCGGGAUGGAGGGGAUCCAGUGGAGGCAGAAGAAAGAAGAGGAGCCAACGGAAAGCUGCCAUCAUAAAAAUUACUUCAGCAAAAGAAGCCGCGGCAAAGGACAGAAGGCGGGAAAACCAGCGACCGAAACCAGCGAACCCAUGUGGGAGCCGUUCUGUGACUUCCAGGAUAUCACUCACAUCGUCAUCAGCAAGAGCAGAGUCAGCAUCAACUGUCAGGACAACCGCUGUCUGGAGAUACUUCUACCUUCGUAUGAAGAGGCACUGUCUUUUGUCUCACUGGUGGAUGGAUACUUCAGACUCACCACCGACGCCAACCACUACCUGUGUCAUGAAGUGGCCCCUCCGCGCCUGGUGAUGAGCAUUGUCAACGGGAUUCACGGCCCACUACAGGAGCAGUAUGUCGUCCAGAAGUUAAAACGAGAGGAGCAGGAGGACGGCCUGUACAUUGUCCGCUGGAGCGCAUUCAACUUUGCCCGACUCAUUAUGACUGUGAAAGGAACCAAUCAGAAUAAAGGGUUCAUCUAUCGGCAGUUCCGGAUAGAUAAAGUGGACGAUAUAUACACACUGGAACAGUGGGACCGCGUCUUCUCCGGCGUCAAGGAGUUAACGGACAACCUGCGGGGCUGCACACUGAGAUCUGGCCAGGAGGUCUUCCAUGUGAAGCAGUGUGUCCUGCCAAAGUCUGGAGAAGUUUCCAACUUAACCAUUUGUCGGAAAGGGAAGAACAGCAAGGAGAACACGUUGUCCCGAAAUCUGAACUUGAGUCAGCUCAGCUUCCACCAGAUCCGAAAAAAUGAGAUCACACAGAAAUCCCACUUGGGCCAGGGAACCCGAACUAAUAUCUAUGAGGGGGUUCUCAAAGUGAGUGGCAGCGGUGAGCUCGACCUGGACUACGAUUACCGUGAACUGAACAAUAACUCCCAUGAUCUACGUGUGGUCCUGAAGGUGCUGGAUGCCAGUCACCAAGACAUCGCGCUGGCGUUCUUUGAGACUGCUAGUCUGAUGAGUCAGGUGUCUAAUAUCCACCUAGUGUUUGUCCAUGGAGUUUGUGUCCGGGAAUCGGAGAAUAUCAUGGUGGAGGAGUUCGUUGAACACGGACCUUUAGACGUUUGCUUACGCAAGGAUAAAUCAUUGAUCUCUGCCGGGUGGAAAUUCACAGUGGCCAGGCAGCUGGCGAGCGCUCUGAGCUAUCUGGAAGAUAAACACUUGGUCCAUGGAAAUGUCUGUGCAAAGAAUAUUCUUUUGGCCAGGAAAGGUCUGGAGGACGGAUCUUCUCCUUUCAUCAAGCUGAGUGACCCAGGAGUGACCUUCACGGUGCUGUCUCGAGAAGAGCGGGUGGACAGGAUCCCCUGGAUUGCACCCGAGUGUGUCCGCAAUAUCUCCUCUCUGAGCACUGCUGCUGACAAAUGGAGUUUUGGGACGACCUUGUUGGAGAUAUGUUUUAAUGGGGAAGUGCCUCUAAAGGAGAGAACAGCAUCUGAGAAAGAAAGAUUUUAUGAGAAGGAGUUGGGCCUCCCGGAACCCUCCUUCAAGGAGCUUGCUGACCUCAUUGGUCUGUGUCAUACAUACAACCCUGCAGCGAGGCCGUCCUUCCGGACUAUCCUCCGAGACCUGACCCAGUUUCAGCCCCAUGAUCUGUCUGACAUUGGCUCCAUCAGUCCCGAUUUCUCCAUCACAGACCCAACCGUGUUCCAGAAGCGGUACUUGAAGAAGAUCCGGGAGCUGGGAGAGGGACACUUUGGGAAGGUCAGCUUGUACUGCUAUGACCCAAAUAAUGAUGGGACAGGAGAGAUGGUGGCCGUGAAGUCCCUGAAGUCGGGCUGCAGUCAGCAGCUGGAGACGAGCUGGAAAGGAGAAAUUCGAAUACUGAAGACCCUCUACCAUGAGAACAUUGUGAAAUAUAAGGGCUGCUGCAGCGAGCAGGGAGAUAAGAUCGUCCAGCUCAUCAUGGAGUACGUUCCUCUGGGGAGUCUGCGUGACUACUUACCCAAACACAACGUGAAACUGCCACAGAUACUACUGUUUGCGCAGCAGAUCUGUGAGGGGAUGGCGUACCUCCACUCUCAGCAUUACAUUCAUCGGGACCUCGCUGCCCGCAAUGUCCUGGUCGAGAAUGAGAACGUGGUGAAGAUUGGGGAUUUUGGGCUUGCUAAAGCUGUACCUGAAGGGCAUGAGUACUACCGAGUAAGGGAGGAUGGUGACAGCCCUGUGUUCUGGUACGCCACAGAGUGUCUGAAGGAAUGCAAGUUCUUCUAUUCCUCUGACGUGUGGUCCUUUGGGGUGACCCUGUAUGAACUGUUAACUCGCUGCGAGUCCCAUCUCAGCCCCCCGACUAAAUUCAUAGAGAUGAUUGGGGUCACCCAAGGACAGAUGACUGUGGUACGGCUGAUUGAUCUGCUGGAUCGGGGUCAGAGGCUGCCUUGUCCAAAUGAAUGUCCUAUGGAGCUCUAUAAACUGAUGAAGAACUGUUGGGAGACGGAGGCGAGUUUCCGGCCAUCUUUUCCAACCCUCAUCCCGAUCCUGAAAGCCUUCUACAAUACGUACAGCGCGCAGGCGCCGUCCGUGUUCAACCUGUGCUAAUGUCACGGCUGAAGAUAUGAAGCCGCGGAGCAUGGAGUAACCGGGCCGGCAGCCGCUGCCUGACCUGCUUACCACGUGAAAUCUGGCAGUGCCACCUACCGCCACACGGGUGAUCAAUGGCAUGGAUAGUCUGAGUCACUGGAGCUGCGUUAACCACUUCGGGCGCAAAGCUGGGAAGAUGCACUGUAGGAUCCCCGUGUGAAUGGCCGGACGUGGUCGUGGGCUCCGACCUAUUGAGGGGAACAGACGAUAGGGCCCCCCCCUUCCCCCCGUCUUUAUAGCUGUGAAGUUCUGGGAAUCUCACGAGUCCUAGGAGGCAGGAAGAUUCCUGUGUUGCAUGUUACAUGUGAGAUGCAAAAAGCUAGUGCAAUAUUGCCGUAUUUUCUGAAUGUCUGUGCGGUCCCCUCACCCUGGGCAAUGUGCCGCUCUCAGCCUGCUGGCAGGGCAUGCUUGGACUUCUAGUUCUACAGUAGCUGGAGCACCUCAGGUUGCCUAUCCUUUCCAUAAGAAGCCUUAAUAUAUGUGAAAUAAGUGUCUGGUGUUAAUCCGUGCCUGUUCGCUGCAGAGGGGGUCGGGGAGACUUCCCAAUGUGGCACCCUUAUACUGUAUAGAUAAAUUUGCUUAUCGUGGGUUUUAAUGCCCCAGUUCAGAUGUUAAAUAUUAAACUGCUUAAGCGGA